AUGCGUCCACUCUCCGCACUCGCGGUAUACUUGUUGGGCCUCUCGACAGCCUCAACAACAUCCGACUCCGACCCGGUCGUGAAAAAUGCCCACCACAUCUUCAACGUGAUACACGACUCUAUGCGCCAAUGGGGCUCUUCGCUGCAUCAUAACGGUGUUUCAUUCUUCCUUGCCACCGUCCCGGCUGGUACGCAGUUAUAUCAUGGUACAUCGAAGUCGGACCCGGUGAACGGAACAGAAUGGCUUGCUUUUGAGCCGGAACAUGCUAUGGUAUUCGCUCGGCCGCGUGGUGGUCCGCAUGGCCCCGGAGGCCCUGGUGGUCCUUAUGGUCCUGGUGGGCCACCACCAGGUGAAGGUGGUGAUAAUGAGGAUGAUGAGCAUCGCAGCGAACGCGAAGAAUUGCGUCGGAGACAUCCUCAUGGCUCAAAUGAGAGGAGUCUUGGUCCCCAACCCUUUGAAGAGCGCGAUGGGGAAGCUUCAGCAGGAUAUCUACACACAUACGCAGCAGUGCAGGACCUCCGCCUUUUGUACAUCGACGGAAUGUCCGCCGCCAAGACGCAGAAGGGGACCCUCGAUUCGCAGGACGUACUUUUAUUCAAUGGCACUAUCGACACUUCAGUGGGAAGAGGUCCAGCAGGGGAAGGUGAUCGUGCCCGCAAAGCAUGUGAGAUGGCAGAGAAUGACUGGGCUGGGCGUAUUGACGGUGUCCUCCGCAUGGAGGCUGGCUUUGAGAUCAUUUUGUGCAAGUUUGAACGUGAUCUCCUUCCCGUGCGCAUUACACAAGUCAAAUCACGAGCUCAAGGUGGGCAUGAAAACGGCGAGGCUGGCCGGGAGAAUUAUGAGCAUCGCGGACUCUUGGAUAGGAAGAGACAAGGCCCUGGCGGACCUGGUGGUGGCCCUGGUGGCGGAGACGCGGCCGGCUGGAUGCGGGCUGUGACUGCGCGAUACGAUGACAUCGGCGCCAACAGAGUCUUCAUCAACUAUGAGAAUUUUGUGACUGCAUUCGCACACGAUGUCGACCUCUUCACCGAGGACCCGAAGCUUCCUCAUCUCUCGCACUUGACAUACUCGGAGCUGAAGCCAAUCCAGAAGGAAAUUACAGCUCUUGCACUCACUCACGAUGCUAGGGAAUCUUCAUGGAACUGGCGUGCCACGACAGAUGCCGUUGUCAUUCGGUACAGCCAUGAACUGACCUAUCUCGCCUCGACCAAGAUCUCAACAAUUGACGCUCUGCACGAGCACGUCGAGAGGCUUUUGUCUCCUUUCAUCGACUACAGUGAGCGUGAUUCUGUGCUUGAAGCUGAUAGAUGUGCGACGCAGUUCUUGCCUGUGCAGUUACAGGGUGGAAAAUCAAUUGCUGCGCGGGUUGUUUACAGCGUUGCUCAUACCGUCUGCUCGACGCUUAUGAGCGCCUGGGCUGAGAAGGAGCUCAUCACUGCCCAGAAUGCAAUUCAAAGUUUGAUCGCAGAUCUUGAGUGGACUACUUGGAAGGAAUGCCGUGGUUGCGAAGAUAACGAAAUCUGCGUCGUUCCUAUCUGGCCGAUGGGAACUGUGGAGGAUUACAGCAAUCCCCGGUGCAAGCCAGCGUCAAAUCCUUAUGAUGGAAAAGGGGAAAACUACUGGGGCGGAAUGCAUCCUUGA